UAAUUGUUCCCUCGAAGAAAAGUUUGUUUCUUUACAUAACCGCGUGGAUACACACCGGAUUGUACUUAUUAAAUAUCGUUCGUUGUGAUAAUCAAUCGACGAUUGCAAACUAAUGGAAAUCUUGGAAAUUCUAUGCGGCAUUUUCGCCGUAAUUUUUGUUCUUUAUCAAUUUUUCACGUCGACCUUUUACUUUUGGAAAUCAUGUGGCAUUCGUGGUCCACGGCCAAUACCGGGAUUUGGCAAUUUAAAAGAUGUUCUGCUCGGAAGAAUAACAUUGGGUAGUUAUUUAAUGAAACUGUGCAAUGACUACAAAAACGAACCCUUGAUUGGAAUAUUCGCUAUGAGGACACCUAUUCUUGUCGUAAAAGAUCCAGAUUUAAUUAAGGAUAUUUUUAUCAAAGAUUUCUCCACGUUCGCCGACAGAGGAUUCACCACUCACGAGAAGGCCGAGCCGCUGUCGCAACAUCUCUUCAAUUUAGAACCAAAGAGAUGGCGACCCGUAAGAGCGAAGCUGUCACCAAUUUUUACAUCUCAUAAACUGAAGGAAAUGUUUUCGUUAAUAUCAGAAUGCUCUAACCAUCUUGUAGAGUAUGUAGAAAAAAUAGUAAACAAAGACGAACCUAUAGAGUGUUUUGAACUAAUGGCCAAGUAUACAACCGACGUUAUCGGUAGUUGCGCCUUUGGCAUCGAAAUGAAUGCUCUAUCGAAUGAGAAUAGCGAAUUCCGCAGAAUAGGAAGAGAUGUAUUCCAUCCGUCCUGGUCAGAUCUCUUACGAAAUAAAAUCAAAAUUUUUUCUCCGUGGUUAUACGAUAUUCUUGGUCACAUCUUGCCGGACACGGAAAUCACCAACUUCUUCAUGCGUCUCGUCAUUGAUAGUAUGGAUUACAGAGAAGAAAAUAAUAUCAUUAGGCAUGAUUUCAUUGAUAUGCUGCGCGACUUGAAGAAAUAUUCGGAUAAGAUGGGUGAUAUUGAUUUUACCGACAGUUUGAUAGUUUCUCAAGCAUUCGUGUUCUUUGUCGCUGGUUAUGAAACCUCAUCGACAACGAUGGCUAACACGCUUUACGAGUUGGCUUUAAAUCAGAAAAUACAAGAUAGACUGCGUGAAGAAAUUGACGAGGAAUAUACGAAACAUGAUGGAAAUUUAACAUAUGACAUCAUCAAGAAAAUGAAUUAUUUGGAUAAGGUUUUCAAAGAAAUUUUACGAAAACACCCACCUUUACUGUUUCUCAUGAGAAAAUCGAUGUCGAGUUAUACUUUCAAUGGUAUUAAAGCUACCAUACCAAAAGGCCAAAAAGUAUGGAUUCCUAUUUUCGCGCUUCAACAUGAUCCGCGUGUUUAUCCAGAGCCAGAUAUCUUUAAUCCAGAAAGAUUUAAUGAGGAGGCUGUACAAAAUAGGCAUCCAAUGUCCUUCCUGUCUUUCGGCGAUGGGCCAAGAAAUUGCAUUGGUGCUCGCUUCGCCGUUUAUCAGGUUAAACUUGGACUAAUAAAGAUGCUACGAAACUAUAAAGUCGAACCUUGCGAGAAAACAGAAAUACCUUACGUCCGCAAUGAGGAAACAUUUAUAUUAACACCAAAAAAUGGAAUACACUUGAGAAUAAUUAAAAUAAAUCGAACUUAA